CUGGUGACACUUGAAUGGAACCCAAGUUGGUGUGAUUUCAGAGUACAUGUUGAGUAAAGCCCUCAAUACAUUAGGAGAUCCCUUGGACAAACGCAGCAAAAGACAGUUUAGAAGAUCCCCUGUAAAAAUUGUUUUUUUUUAAUAAUUUCUAAAGCUUUUUGAUUUUUUUAGGAUUUAUGGAUAUGUUAAUAUAUAA